UUGAUAUGUCAUACACAGUGAUAGGUAGAAAUGGAGAUGGAGUUGGAGAAUAAGAGAGUGUGCGUGACGGGGGCGGGAGGCUUUGUUGCGCCGUGGUGGAUUGUCAAGCUUCUUCUGUCUAAGGGCUACAUUGUCCGUGGAACCAUGCGAGACCCAAAGGAUGAGAAGUAUGCCGCCUUGAACAAACUUGAGAGAGCAUCCGACAACCUUAAACACUUCCAGGCUGAUUUGCGGGACUAUGAUUCUCUGGUCGCUAUCAUGGGAUGCGCUGGAGUCUUCCACGCUGCCUGCCCGGUCCCUACUUCAACUCUCGCCAAUCCAGAGGCAAGAGCAGGCUCCGAAGCGAAAGUUAGGCGGGUUGUCUACAUCUCCUUUGUUGCUGCUGUUGGAAUGAACCCGAAUUGGCCUAAGGACCGUGCAAAGGAUGAGACUUGCUGGUCUGACAAGGAAUACUGCAAUGCCACUCAGACUGAAGCAGAGAGCGUGGCAUUCGAAUAUGGGAAACAGAGCGAGCCGGAUGUUGUUGCAGUUAAUCCUGGUUAUGUAUUUGGGGCGGUUAUGCAGCCUGUAUUAAACUUCAGCACGAUGCUCCUCCUCAAGUUUUUGAAGGGCAUAUAUAUUCAGAUCGAGCAAGGUGCUGAGGAUUCUGUUCCCAACAAGUUCUGGAAUAUAGUGGACGUACAAGAUGUUGCUGCAGGUGUUUGCUAAGGAUUUCAUGUCGUGUGACCCUUAGUCUUGUUCUCGGCAGUUUUGUCGAGAGUCAAUACCGCCACUGGCUGAGGUCUGACAAGCUGCAAAAACUGGGGCUGGACUCAUAUGGAGAGUUCUACGAGGAGGCAGCGCUACUCGAUUAGUUAGGGAACUUCUCUAGUCUGCUGCAAAGUUCCGGAUCUUCCUUCACUAUGUUCUGUCCUAGCUACACGUUUCUUUUAUGUUAGAAGUCCGAUUCUAGUAUCUUUCAGUGCUUCUUUGUAUCUUAAGAUAUGUGAAAUAAAUGGAAGACAGUCCAUAAGAACGCAAA